ACGCAGAACUGUCUUCGAUCUUCUCAGCACUGUGGGGAGUAGUCGCUCCAUUUGAAAAAGGCUUCCUUCGUGAGAUAAUUUGAAACUGAGUGCGACUCCUCAAGAAACUCGACAUGGCUGAUAAGAAAGGCGAACUCAUGUACACAAGACCCCCAAAAUUAUCUGGUUGGGAUAGUUUCAAAGUUUUCCUAUGGAAUUCCGAAACCAGCCAGUUUUUGGGAAGAACUGGAGCCAGUUGGGGAAAAAUCCUCUUAUUCUACCUUCUUUUCUACGCUGCAUUGAUUGGAUUCUUUUCUGCUAUGCUGGCUGUGUUUUACCAAACAUUGGAUGACAGAAAACCAAAAUGGAAAUUAGAAAAAUCGCUCAUCGGAAGCAACCCAGGUCUUGGAUUCAGACCAAUGCCUCCAGACAGUAAUGUUGAGAGCACCCUGGUUUGGUAUAAGGCCAGCGACAAGGGUAACAUCCAGUUCUGGCAACAGCAACUAGAUGCAUUCUUAGCUACUUACGAAAAAGAGAACAAUCCCAACUACAAUAAUGUAGAGACAUGCCAACCUCAUCAGAAGCCAUCGAAGGGUAAAGUCUGUGAUGUCAAGUUAGACGGAGAAUGGCAGAAAUGCGUUAAAGAAAAUGGAUAUAACUAUGAUUCUCCAGAAGGAGGACCAUGCAUAUUCUUGAAACUCAACAAGAUCUACGGAUGGGAACCUGAAUAUUAUAAUUCCACAACCGUACCAGAAAAUAUGCCCGAAUAUUUGAAGCAGGAGAUUAAAGAUGCUGAAGAAAGGAACGACUACAAAUAUGUGUGGGUCAGUUGCCAGGGAGAAAAUCCUGCAGAUGUUGAAAAUAUAGGAAUGAUUCAAUACUUGCCAAAAUGGGGAUUCUCGUCAGAAUACUUUCCAUUCGAAAAUGUAGAUGGCUAUCUGAGUCCAUUGGUAGCGGUCUACUUUGAGAAACCAAGACGUGGAGUUCUUAUCAAUAUUGAAUGCAAAGCUUGGGCCAAAAACAUCAUCCACGACCGAGCUGACAGGAGAGGAUCAGUUCACUUUGAGUUGAUGAUAGACUAAGCCGAAUAAUUUUCGUUUCGAUAGAUUUUGAACGAACAUAUUUGUUACUGCCAAUUCAAAAUUUUCCGUGAAAAACUUUGAGAAUACUUCAUCUACGAUCGACAUUUUUCGCACAUCUAAAUCAAUGAGAAAUAGGUACAAAAAAAGUAACGUCACAAAACAGAACAACACAAUCGAGGCUUCAGUAUUGGGUUCAUAUUUAUUCCAAUUCGAAAACGAGAUGAAGUUUAAGGAACCUAUUUUAUUCUCCUUGAAGGAAAUAGGUUCUGUGAUAUAUAAAGCAAAUGAAUUUUACAGCAUAUUGUACUUUGUUAUCAUAAAAGAGUAACUCUUAGGGUAUAAUUUAUACAAUUCGUUUUUCAGUUCAGCAAUAAUUCCAUUAUUAUAAGAACACAUGAUAAUACUUGAUAACAAGGUAUCGCAUUAGCUCAAAAUGUAGUAUUUUAAGUUGUAUGUAUGUUUAUAAUUGUAAGCAGUUAUGUUUUCAUUAUGAAUUGCAUAUUGUUCAACUCCACUGUAUUGCACAUUCAGUUUAAAGAUUUCAUAUCAGACGGUCAUCAAAGAAACAAAAAAAAUUUUAUAUAUUCAAUUCAGCUAGUAAUUAUGUAUAUAUGUACUGAAAGUAUAGAAUGUGGAAAAAUGAAAUCUUUGGAUUUUCCUGUGAAAUACUAUGGAUCUUUGAAUGAUCAACAUUGAAUUUAAUAAUACACAUUCCAAAAAAAAAAAAUAUGUGUAAAGUGAACAAAAUAGGUCUAAUAAAUACAAGUGAAAUGUUACCAUGACUCUCAAGAGUGUUCAAAAAAGAGACGAAACUAUUCAUGGUUAUGUGCUUGAUAUUUUUAGAAAUAUCGGAUAGUAAUUUAUUAACAUAUUACCUAGAAUUUUAGUAUAUAUGUUAUGGCGAAUAAUGGUAUAGAAUUAUAGAUCGAUGACAUUGUUAAUUGUAACUAGUAUUGCAGGUGAUCAUUUUAUUUGUUUAAAGUUUUUGUUAUAUUUAUUGAAUAGUUUUAAUGCUGCCUUAGUGGACGUACUUAUAGUUUUUGACUUAUUUGAAGCACAAAAGCUUUAGAAUCUCUGAAGAUCUUGCCUAAUGAGAUAUGUUGAGUUCAAUAAAAUAUUUUAUCCCUUAUAUUGAAGAAAUUGUUGGAGUCUGAACUGUGUUCAGCAUAGUUUCGUAUAUUCGACACCUAUGUGUAAUUAUUAUAUUAUUGUGAAGCUGUGGAGCUUUCUCAAAUUCGAUUUUUAUUAUCUGGACAUUCAAUUAAAUAACUUUAUCUAUUACUUAUGAAUUCCCUUGUAAGAAAUGAUUCAUUUCGUUUCAGAAAUAUUGAACAAUAAACGAUCAGUUGAAGGCUA